UCAAGGUCAAGAGCAGUUACUACACAUCCCAGAAUUAAUGCAAUAUUCAUUACAUAGUACACACACACACACACCAGGUAACUGUAUACUUCCCUCACACCUCUGUAUCUAGACAUGCUUGGUUGAUUCUGACGUCACAGUCGACACUAAUCUACCAUGCCAGUAGUUCCAGCAGAGGGACGGUUCAAAGGCAGUGCAUCCAGCCGUCCGGCCUGCAAGCCGGACCAGCUGAAAACGGCCAAAGCUCUGGUGGAGAAGGCAGUGAAGAAGAAGAAAGUGUUUUCAGUGCAGGGUCCGUAUCCAGUGAUUCGAGCUGCUCUCAGGGCCAGGGGCUGGGUGGAGCGCCGCCUCCCUCGCUCCGGACACAGACCUCGUCAUUUCCACGAUCGCCAGCAGGACAGCGAUGACGGAGAUGAUCCGCUCGUCGAGGUGCUGUGUGAUGGCGAGGAAGUCGAGAACCUUGAUGACAUGUAUGAACUCAUGUCUCGUCUGGUUCGUAAUGAAAGAACCUACUUCUACUGGACCACCCGGCAGGAUUUUAUGGAGCAGCGCUCUUUGCGGAGCGACCAGGCCACCAAUCACUUUGCCAACAGUGGCACAUUCACCACCAAGGUGGGCCUCUGCGUGAAUCUGAGGAACCUCCAGUGGUUCGACACAGUUGAUCCUGACACCUUCUUCCCGAGAUGUUACAAGCUUGGUGCUGCAGAUGAGAGGCAAGCGUUCAUCGACGACUUCAGAAGGACAGCGUGCUCCAGCCUGUUGACCUAUGUCGUGGAAUCCAGCAAAAGGAGCAGAGAUGAGACUCAAGUUCAGCCACAUAAGCACAAGAAAUUGACUUCUCACGCAGUGGUGGGUCUUGAGGUGAUCCACAAAGCUCUGGAAGUGUGUGAAGAGUUUUUGGACAAUUUGGAACACAGAGAUAUUGAUCGCACCGCAGACACCACCACAUCGAUAGAGGAGCCGACGUGGGACAAAUUCCUGCACAACUACUACAAGAUCGUACAUAAAGGUGCAAUGAUCCAGGGAAGCCUCUCAUUGGUGGAACGCUGUCAGUCCAUGCUGGACCGACUGCAGGAAGUGUCUCCUCAGCUGGACACGGAUGGCGUGAGCAACAUCUGGAUCAUCAAGCCAGGAGCUUUGUCGAGAGGAAGAGGUAUCAUGUGCAUGAAUCACCUGGAGGAGAUCCUAACACUGGUGGACAGUGACCGAGCCGUGACAAAGGAGAGCAAGUGGGUGGUCCAGAAAUACAUAGAGCGGCCCUUUUUAAUAAACAACACCAAGUUUGACAUUCGGCAGUGGUUCCUUGUCACCGACUGGAACCCUCUGACCGUCUGGUUCUACGGGGAGUGCUACGUGCGCUUCUCCACCCAGCCUUACUCCACCAAGACCCUGGACAGCUCGGUGCACCUGUGCAACAACUCCAUCCAGAGGCACUUCCACCCUUCGUCUGAACGUCACCCUGGACUGCCCACGGAGAACAUGUGGUCCUGCUCUCAGUUCCGGGCCUAUCUGCAGCAGCAGGGCCGGGAGGCGGAGUGGGACUGCGUGGUGAUCCCGGGCAUGCAGAAGGCCGUGGUGAAUGUUCUGCAGACAGCCCAGGAUCUGGUUGAGCCCCGGAAAGCCAGCUUUGAGCUCUACGGGGCAGAUUUUAUUUUGGGGAGCGAUCUCAGGCCUUGGCUUUUGGAGAUCAACUCCAGCCCAACAAUGGCGUGCUCCACGUCCGUGACCGCCCGUCUGUGUCCUGCAGUGCAGCUGGACAUCCUCAAGGUUGUUUUGGACAGGAAGUCCGACCCAAGCGCCGAUACAGGGAACUUCCGACUCAUCUACAGACAGCCAGAAAUUAAAGUUCCGCGGUACGUAGGAAUAAACCUGCAGGUGGAAGGCGCCCCUAUCGGACGACGCAGAUGCUUUCUUCCGUCCAACAACACCUCAACUCUCCGCUCCUCUAUUGAUGGCUCUGCAGCUGCAGAGGUGGGGAAGACAGAGGAUAACACGGUGAGACGUGAAGAACAGAGGACCACAGGUGAAAAAAGGCAGCUGACAUCUUCCCCAAAAAGAGAUCAACACGGCAGAACUGGGGUCAGUCGAAUGUCUUGCACUCGGAGGUUCAGUCGGAGUCUUGGCCCCGAACUUCCUCUGGUCAUGAACACUGAGCCUCAGAGCAAAGCCCGAUGCUUGGGUUUAGCUCACGGCAGCAACGUAACAACUCUGGUCCCACGCAGUCUGUCUCUGUCGCUCAUUCCUCCUCAGAGCAAACAAGACUCAAAGAUGCAGAACAAACACAGACAUGAGACUCGCACGUCAGUGCAGAACGCGGCGCAGACAGCUUCAGCACCUCACUGCAGGACUUCAGAUCGGGGGUGUCAACUACCGCCUCUAAAGACAUUGCACCCCAUUAACCACAGGCAGCACCCGAGGCAAAGUUUGGGAAAAUAUAAGGGAGAGUGAGGACACUGUUCAGCAGUCAGAGCAAACACACACACCUGAAACUUCAACACUCCAGCAAGUCUUUGUGAAGUCACAUCAGUUUCAGAUAUGCAUGGUUUUCAGAAGAGCACUUGAAUGAAGGUGAAUUCCAAUCUUUGUCCUGUGUGACUGAGUUGCUGAAUAAAAAGCACUAUUUAGUAGGGGUGGGAUUCCAUUAAAAAAGAAUGUAGUUAAUUAGAGAAUCUGUGAUUAAUUAAUCUCAAUUAUUUACAGUUUAAUGGUAUAACAAUAUUUGCCACAUUUUUCAAUUUGAAUGAAUUUGGUAUAUUACUGAAUCAAAUAAUGGACCCACACAUAAAUUUAAACAACAAAAUAUUUUGCAUCAGUUUGACAACAGCACAAUAAAUCACGAUGGUGUCUAUAUUCAAGUUUUUAUAUCACCUUAUUUAAACUAAAGCUCUUUUAAUGUCUUGAAAAUAUUUGUAUAAGAAUUUCAAUUUUAUAAGAAUUUCAAGUGCAUUCAAAGUAGUGGAAACCCUGACCAUUGUGUAGCGAAAAACAUCCCUGAACAAAAGCAAACAGAAGCUUUUGUUUGCUUUUGUUCAGGGAUUCCUCCAUGUUUGUUGUUGUUGUUAUCAUCCUAGCUGCCACGUGUCUUGUGGAUCAGUGUGAUCAGUGGACCAGGAACUCCUGCACUUAGAAAGGUUCCCUGUUGUCUGAAGAGCAAAAUGUUCAAUUAAAUAUCAUAAAGGCAUCUUCAACUCAUCCUUAUUAUUACAUGUGAAAUACAACUUUCUUUUAACUUCUGUAAAUAUGUAUCGUUUCUCACGAAUCUCUCUUCAGUGACAGACAGACAUUUCAGGCCACCGUAGAUCAAGCUAUUUGCCACUUGCUUGAGUUGCUCAAUAGACGAGGAAUAUCAGUAACAGUUUCUUACGCGUGACGAUCCGCGGGAGCGCGCACGUCAUGGUUUGCUCUCUUUGCUUCUCUUCAUCUCUUUCUCUCUCUCGGGUGUAGCGCUGAUCUGCGUCUCUCGGAUGCCUGCAGAUGGUGCGUUCAUUGAUGUCGGAUAUUUCUAAACUACUGAAAAUAAACGGGUUUAGGAUGACUUAUUUACAGGAUGUAUGUGUGGUGACCCUUGACAAAAAAGUGA